CCAACACGGAUGAGGGCGAAUUCGAGUACAUAGAAGACUGCCGCGAUCAAUUUGACUUCUGUGAAGAGCCAACAGACAUUGAGUGCGAAAUGACCGAUAGACCCCAUCUUAGUACCGAUAUGACCGGCCAGAAUGUUAUAUGUGACCUCCUAGUUGGCCUGGAAUGUUUACUUACCCAAACUCAAACCUUCUGCUUAGAUUACCGUAUCAGGUUCCUUUGCUGUAGAAACGUAACGAUAGGACCAAACUGUUCAACGACCCCAACAGGAUCAACUACUCAACCUCCUGAAACAACAACUGCUCAACCAGGAUCAACUACUCAACCUCCUGAAUCAACAACUGCCCCACCGGGAUCAACCACUCAACCUCCUGAGACAACAACUACUCAACCUCCUGAAACAACAACUGGUCCACCAGGAUCAACUACUCAACCUCCUGAAACAACAACUGGUCCACCAGGAUCAACUUCUCAACCUCCUGAAACAACAAGUGCCCCACCAGGAUCAACUACUCAACCUCCUGAAACAACAACUGGUCCACCAGGAUCAACUACUCAACCUUCUGAAACAACAACUGGUCCACCAGGAUCAACUACCCAACCUCCUGAAACAACAACUGGUCCACCAGGAUCAACUACCCAACCACCUGAAACAACAACUUCCCCACCAGGAUCCACAACUCAACCUCCUGAAACAACAACUGGUCCACCAGGAUCAACUACUCAACCUCCUGAAACAACAACUGGUCCACCAGGAUCAACUUCUCAACCUCCUGAAACAACAACUGGUCCACCAGGAUCAACUACUCAACCUCCUGAAACAACAACUGGUCCACCAGGAUCAACUACUCAACCUUCUGAAACAACAACUGGUCCACCAGGAUCAACUACCCAACCUCCUGAAACAACAACUGGUCCACCAGGAUCAACUACUCAACCUCCUGAAACAACAACUGGUCCGCCAGGAUCAACUACUCAACCUCCUGAAACAACAACUGGUCCACCAGGAUCAACUACUCAACCUCCUGAAACAACAACUGCCCCACCGGGAUCAACUACUCAACCUCCAACAACAACUGGUCCACCGGGAUCAACUACUGAACCUCCUGAAACAUCAACUGCGCCACCAGGAACAACUACACAACCUCUUGAAACAACCAUUAUUCAAGAUUCAACCACAUCCCAUCCACCAACAACCGAUAAUGUUACAACCACCGCCGCAACCUCCACCUCCAUGUCUACCACGCCACCACCUUCUGACUGCAGCCCUCGACUGAUGAAAACUCCCGCAGAGAUAUCGUAUAGGAGCUGCGUUCCAGUGGAGCCAUUUUAUAUGAUGGAGUGUGCAGGAACGUGUGAUUCCAGUCUCUCGGUGAAGAUCGUUGAUGGAGUGGUAUCGAUAGACUAUGAAUACUGUUCCUGCUGUCGACCUUCGAACUUUCUAGAAAAGACGACCGAGCUGAUAUGUCCUGAUGGAACUAACCUUUUAAUUUCGGUUCCCGUCAUUACCGACUGCUCCUGCCACCAGACCCAGUGUGCUUCCUCAACCAAUGCAGCAUAUGGCUCGGUCAAUACGAUGACUACUCAAUCACUUACUUCACCUAGGCUUGCUAUGCGAUCCACCCCGUUCGAAUAGGUAGUACUAAAACACAUAAGUCCAAGUUUCAAUAGAGUCCCCAACUGCAGAAGAACCAUUGAGGAAUUUUAUUUUGUAAUCACUUAACUUUACAUCGGUUCCUUUUUCAUGUCACUAGUCUGAUUUAACCUUUUGUCUACUGAAUUCUUAUAUUUCCAUAGGUUCAAUACAGGAACCCUCUGGGAGGCGUUUCACAAAACUUGUCAUCAGUGACAAACGACAAGUUGUUUU